CAUAAUUUAUUACAGAAGUCACGCACGUCAAAAAUCUGAAGUAUGAAUAUUGAUUCCAUCAUUUGCAGUAUCGCAAACAAUGAAUAACGGAUUUUCAGCAUCAUUUUGAUAUUUACGUGCGGAAAAUUGGCUACAUUUUACUUGAGGUCAGAGAUUCUGUAUUAAAAGCAGUGGAAAUUGGCUACAUGAACCGUGGAUUUUUUUCAUGAUCCCAUCGCAUUCUAAACCAUGGAUGCAGAUUCUAAUGAUGGAACUGUUACGGAAGCCCUCAACGGGGAAACCAAGCCGGAUGUUGCCAAGCUUGCGCAAUCUGCUAUCAUCAAACAGGAUGUUAUGCUAUCAGCAACUACCACACAGUCACCCUUGGCAACCCAGUCCUCUGUGUUCACUAUUCCGUCGGUAUCUAUGGGCUCCGCCGGGAUAAACCUGACAGACCAUCUCUUCCUCCCUGGUGUCUCAGCGUUAGAUCCAACACAUGGACCUUCAGAACCUAAAACAGACCAAAAUGGUGCAAUAUCUUCAUUAUCUAGUCCUUCCCAACUGUUUGGUCAGCCACAGGUGGCGCCACCACAGUUUUUCCUCACCGGAAAUCCCCUCCAGUCACAGACAGGAGCCUCCGGGUCAGUUCCUGUACAACAACUUCUCAUCCCAGUCUCCACAGGUAAUGGUACCCAGCAGUUCAUCAGCAUUCCAGUUUCCAUGGCAACUGGUGGGAACCAGCAAAUUCAGUUGUUGACAACAUCAAAUGGUCAGAUUGUCGCAACAAAUCUUGCCAAUCUUGCCGGACUAUCCAAUCCACUAAGUGCUAGUCUUGCUAACUCAGUAAAUAAUCUGGCUAGCCAAUCAUUGCUUCAGAAUUCAUCAUCCCAUCAUUCCUCAGCAACACAAGCAUUGACCAAUCAUCUUGCAGCAGUGGCACCCUCCCUCUUAGCAGCAGGUGCCCAGAGCCAACUUCUUGCAGGUCUUGGCCAACAGCUGCUGUCACAGGUAUCAUUAGCUCAGUCAAAUGGGACCAACUCGUUGUCCCAGUCCAGUCAGGUAUCAAACUCAUCUGUCAGUCAAACCCAGGCUGUCCUCAAUUCCCUACAACAAACACUAUCAGCUGCGAGCGGGGGCCAGAACGGAAUCUCAGUUCAACCGACGACCACGCGUGUCAUCACUCAGAAUCUCAACAAUACAGCUACGUCAUUAAACUCAUCAAAUUCAACAACUCAUUUACUCGGGAAGAUAUCGGAAAUCGGGGCAUCGGGUCAUACAAACACGGCGGUAAACCUGGCCAAUCAAAUUUUAGCAACACGAGUAACAUCAACACAGCUAAUAAAUCAUGUGCCAUCAUCAUUGGAAGGUUUAAUGCCAAAUACUGUGGGUAACUCAACAGAGAGCACAACAGUGGAUGGUAUAAACCUAGACGAGAUCAAAGAGUUUGCAAAACAGUUCAAAAUCCGGAGAUUAUCUUUAGGUCUUACACAAACUCAAGUGGGUCAAGCUUUAAGUGCAACCGAGGGACCUGCAUACUCUCAGUCAGCUAUUUGUCGGUUUGAAAAGUUAGACAUCACACCAAAGAGUGCACAGAAAAUAAAGCCAGUGUUAGAACGGUGGAUGCUUGAAGCUGAGGAGAGAUAUAAAAAUGGGAUGCAAAAUCUUACAGAAUUUAUCGGCAGUGAGCCGUCAAAGAAACGUAAACGGCGGACUUCGUUUACACCCCAAGCUUUAGAACUGCUGAACAAAUUUUUUGAAAGAAAUACUCAUCCUUCAGGUGCAGAAAUGACAGAGCUGGCAGACAAAUUAAAUUAUGACAGAGAAGUUAUAAGAGUUUGGUUUUGUAAUAAAAGACAAGCAUUGAAAAAUACCAUUAAAAAGCUGAAGCAAGAAGGACCAUGAUUGGAGCAUUGAUUUGUUACAAGAAUUGUGAUUGGUCAGUAAAGCAGCACAUGGAGUCUUGUCUUCAGAGGUUAACUUUGAAAGAUGAGCUGUGAUUGUUUACUUCAGAUGCAGGGAAGUGUAAGAAGAGUUGUGAUUGAUGGAAUUUGAAUCUCAAAACGAUGGACCAGUUGUUGUGUUAGAUUUAGCAUUUAUAGUUUGUUUCAGAUUUUCUUGACAUGCAUUUGUUGGCAAAUCUAGAUAGCAACCAUAAUAUGUAUAGAGUGUAGUGAUUGGUGAAAAUUCAGCAAAGAGUUUGGAGUCUUGAAUGGAACCAGUGGGUUUCUUCCAUAUAGGUAUAAGCUGUUAGUGAUAGUUAUUUAAACAGGUUGUUGAUUUAGUGUAUUUGGAAGGAUUAUUUGAUUAACAUGUUUAUUGAAUUUGUUGUUUUGAAUGGAUAUAGAUCACAUUAUUAAACACAGAGAUUUAAUCUAUAAUAUCAAAACAUACUUUAAAGGUUAAAGUUUAUACUGCAUAAUAAGGUGACAUAGAUACUUUGUAAAACACAUGGGCAUCAUUUGAACAAGUUCACUUUAGAAAGGGACCUUGAGACAUUUUUGUGAUAUUUUCUAUUUGGUACAACUUAAAAUAUGGUCCAGAGUUUUUCACAUCAGUAUUGGUCCAUUUAAGAUGUUUUUGGAGAGAAAAAAAUAGUUAAAGCUUCCGGAUACUUCGAUUUUAGCUGAAUAUCUGGCCUACAAUAGAAUUUAGACUAAAACAUGUGUUACUAGGUAAAAAAAAUAGUAAGAGGCUUAAUUUGUACAUGGUAACAUUGACAACUUGUCUCUUUAAGGUAUAGAUUAUAUUGCAGUAUUUUUUUUCUCCGUGACACAGUCCAGCUUUGUCAAUAACUAGGACAUUACAGUAGGGUUGCAGCCGCUUUGUUUCUGCAUUUCAUUGUUAUAAUUUAUGAAUAUGGGUUGUCUUGUUAAAAAGGACCAACUUAGAUAUUUUAAAUUUCCAUUUUUGCUGAAGAAUGACUUAAAAAAACUUCUGUUGAAGAAAUUAUAUAUCUUCAUAAAGUUCUCAGACUUAUUCAAAGUUAAACUGAAAUAGAUGGUUUAAAGAGUAUGAAAACUUUAAACUAGAGUUUUGUAUGUUGUUUAUAGGUAAACCUACAAAAUGGCCCUUUCAUGAUGUGGCAACACAUAUUUAUUAUUUGUAGCUACUGGUAUUUCAUCAAAUACUCUUAUUACGGUUAGUGUAGCUUUGGAGCUUUGGUCAGUGUGCAACUUUUAUAACAUGUCAGUUAUAUACCCUUAAUGAGCUAAAUAAAUAUGAGUUUUGUGUUAUCAGUGUUUAGUCUAGGUAAUCUUAAAACGUGUCCCAAUGACGUUUAAAGACUGUAAACUUUCUCUGCAUAAUUAUGUUGAAAAGUAAACAUGUUAAAGGUCCAAUACUAAGGAAAGUGAACAUUUUAAUUUCUUUUAAAAAGCACAGAAACUAUUUCAUUUUAUUGGAAAAUGAAAGUUGGUAUGUAGAAAUUCGAAAUAAAUCGCAGUAUAUGUACAAUUAUUUUUCUAUGAAGUAUGAAGAAAGUUAAAAAGACCUGGGGGGUCAUUCUGUCGAUUCAUUGAAAUUUCAACAUAAUACACAUACAUUUCUUUGAGUUCCAAAGGCCUUCUGUAAAUUUUGACCUGCCAAUCUUCAUUAUUUAGUGUCUUGCAGAAGUCUAUGCACUGGCUAUGAAAAAAAUUGCCAACUCACUUUCCCUUAGUAAUGGACCUUUAAACUUUCAACUCGGAAUUUUAGAAAAUUUCAACACUAAACAGGGUACUGUAAAAACAUUUAAUUUCGUGGGCAUGGAAUUUCGUGGUUUUGGUCAAAACAGUAAUUUCGUUGGGGUAUGAAUUUGUGGAUUUUAAGUUUUGAACAUAAAAUGAAUGGGAAUUUUACUUGUUCGUUGGGAUUUAAUUUCAUGGAUUGACUCAACCCCGAAAUCCACGAAAAUUAGCCCCCCACGAAUAUUAAUGAUUUCAGAGUAUAUUACCUCAGAAUAAAACUGAAUCACAUGAAAACAAAUAUGUGUACCUUCAGAAAGGAGGAAGGAUCUUGCAGCUUGCAUCUUGUCUACCAAAAUAUUUUCAAAACUUAGACUUUAAAUUUAGAAAUUUUAUAUAAUAUUGUAACGUAGAUGAAAUAAUGGAUGCUUCUUCCAGAAAUAUAUGACUUGGUGCUUUAGUAUUAUUGUGUUACAUUAUUACUAUAAAUACACAUUUAAAUAUUUCACAGAUAUGAUAUUCAAUCACAAAAAUUAAUGAAGAAAUGUUAUGUUAGUUGGCUAAUGGAAUUUAUAAUAUCGUGAAUUGAAUGGGUCAAGGUGACCAUUUUAACUGAUUGGUCAGGAGUCCCUUUUUGAUUAAUUUGCAUACCUUCCAUUCCGACUAAUUGGUGAGGCCCCCAUUUAGAUUGAUUGGUCUACCGUCCAUUUUUACUAAUCACUUGUAAUAUAUAAGGAGGAAUCUCAAAAAUUACUUCAGCAGAAAUAAACUUAGAUCUGUGUCAAAAUGUUCUUAUUUCUAAACAUGAUGAUUAUAUUAUUUAUUUGAAACGAAACAAUAUUAAAUGAGGACUUUUAUAGAACUCACUGGCUGAUAUGCUUUUUAUAAACUUUCUACUGUACCAUAUGAUGUUAGAGAUGUGUAUAUUUAUUGUACAUUUGUUAUAUUAAUUUAUUUGUUAAGUCUGUUGUAUGUAAGAAUCAAUGGCAUUUAAUACACAUUAUAAAAGACAGGAGGUUUUUCAUGUACAGGUAGUCUGUUGACCUUUAGCCUGCUGGCGGCAAGUGAUUCUGCCUUUGCGACCAGGUGCAGACCAAGAUCAGCCUGCACAUCUGUGCAGGCCAAUAUUGGUCUGCACUGUUCGCUAUUCAGUCAGUAAAUUUUUACCGAACAUCCCUUUGAAUAAUAGGUGGUACUGCCCAAAUUGAAUGAUUAACCAGUCCAUUCUAGAAAUUUAGCAGGGUAAGGGUUAAUUAAUAGAAUUUUUAAUAUAAUGGCAUGUUUCUGGUAGUCAAGUUUAUAGGGGCGGGUGGGGGGUGGGGUAACUAGAUAUAACAGAAAAUCAAUUUUAUUCUAGGAAUAUAAACUUGAUGUCCUUGAUCGUGAUUGAAACAUUGUUUACAGUGAAAGGCCACUCGCUUCAGCAUUGACAGCUCAAACACAUGUAGACUGGCUCACAUGGGAAACUCAUGUAGGGCCCCCCCCCCCCCCCACCUCCCACUUCUGCCAUCACCCAUCACUGGCCGUUUUCUUUAUAUUUUGUGUGUUUGGGGUGCUCAAAACCCUGUAUUUGUUCAUUGUCUUUCGAGCCUGAACAAUUUGUGUUUUGAUUGCAUUGUGCUAGACAUUGCUGUUUCUUAUUGUUAAGUGUUGGGUAAAUUGUGCAAUAUACUUGAGACAAGAAAGCAGGGUCUUUUUUUUCUUGGAUGAACACUUCACUCUGCUUUGAUACAAAUCAUCAAGAGGUAUUUUGUGUUUAUUUGUCUAUGGACAGCGGCUUCCAUUUAUGUUAGUAAAGUUUUCUUUUAAAGUAGUUACUUUGUUGAAGGAAUAUGUGUUCUUAGAAUCUUUAUUAGAGUAUUUAAGAAAAAUAUUUCACUGCAGUUUUAAUUUUAUUUACAUCAUAUUGAAGUAGUCUGAAAUCAUAUUUAAUCACGGGGGAGUUAUCUUUGUGGAUAGUGUGGUUACAUCAAUCAAUGAAAUAAAAUCUCAAUGGAAACAAUGGGUAAGUUUUUUUACGCCGGAAGGGAGCUCUUUUGAACCCCUUGAAGGAUUUCGAAGAAACUUUACACAAAUGUUCACCACAUCAAGACGAUGUGCAGAGUGCAUGUUUCGGAUGGCUGGCUUCAAGGUCAAGGUCACACUUAGGGGUCAAAGGUCAUACCUUUGGGUGUAUAUUGCUCCUCAUUGCAGUGCUCUUGUAUUAAUAUGUGUUAAUAUGCUACAAAUCUGAAUGAAAUUAAUUUUAUUACUUUAUUUUGAAAAUGAUAUUUUAUCGAACUGUCUGUUUGCUGAAUAAUUUAAAAUCAUAAUAUUAGAGGAUUUCCAUACAGUGGUAUUUUGUUGCCAUUCAUGAUAAGUUGGAACUAUUUACGGAAAAUGAUAAUUUAAGUUUUACGAUCCAAUAUAUAAAGGGUGGAGUUUUGUGUGCGGAGGUUGUUUUUGUUUUUUCAAAAUUUUGAAAAGGAUUUUCAUUUGUUAGAAAUUGUAAAUUCAGAGUGAAAAUUAAGAUGAUUCAUUAAGUUCUACGCAAUAGUUAUCUGUAAAAUACUUGUAUAAAUUGUAAAAUAUGUAGGAGUAAAAUUACUGUAUAAGUUACACUGUUAAGUUUGACAUGAAAACAGCAGAAAUAAGGCAUAAAAUUCAUAUGUGGUAACACCUCAAAUAAUAUUAUUUAUGAUUUUGUCUUGUAUUAUAUACGUUUCUAACUUUUUUAAAAGGGACAUACCCUACACCUAGCAAAUUAUAUUCUGGAAACAUAGAUAAUGUGUUCAAUGAGCGUAAAAUGAUAAAUAAAUAAAAUUUUAAAGAACAAGAUAUGGUGAAAUAUGACUAACUUUUUUUUUAUAUCUUUCUUAGAAAGAGCUAUCCAUUAUUUACGUUGUUUAAUUCCCAGUCCCUGUCUCCUGUUACAUAUUAUCAAUCUUACAUUUGCUUGUGGCAAAUCUACAUUUGCCUAUGGCAAACUUACAUUAAUUUUGCUUUUUGUAAACUAACUUUUGCUUUCAGUAAACUUACAUUUGCUCGAGGCAAAACUUAUAUUUGCUUGAUGGUAUCAUCUGUACAUACUAUCAUUCUCAUUGUAACAUUCUCAUUAUAUUUAUUUUGCAUUUUUAUAAUCGGUUUUGCUACGCACAUCUAUUGUGGCAUUCUUUUUAUAUUGCGUUUUAUACAAAAGGGUAUUCUCGUUGCAUUUUCUUUCUUAGCUACAUGUUUUAAAUACCUAAUAUGCUGUUAAUUUUUUUUUUUUGCUUUUGUAUUUGCUGUGGAAAAAAUGGCUGUUGUGAAGAAUGUGUAUGUGCUAUUAUAAACUAGAUUAUUUUAAUUUCUGACGUAGAACAAGUUGAUUAACUGGACUUGUGUCCAAUGGGUUUUAACAUUGUGUUCAGAUUUUAUAAUUGAACCACACCUUGAGAAAACCAACAUACUGCAUUUGCGACCAGCAUGGAUCCAGACCAGACUGCACGGAUGUGCAGUCUGGCCAGGAUCCAUGCUGUCCGCUUUCAAACCCUAUUGCAAUUAGCGAAACCAUUAGCGAACAGUAUGGAUCCUGACCAGACUGCACUGAUGUGAGGCUGGUCUGGAUCCAUGCUGGUCACAAAUGCACUAGGUAGGUUUUCUCAUGGCAUGGCUCAAUUAUAUUGUUUAUGUUAGCAUGACAAUUCUCUUUGUUUUGCUGAUUAUAGAAGUGGUCUAUGUUCAUUGUGGGUAUGUGUAAUUCAUUUUAUGGUGCUACAUUUUGUUCUGUUGCUAGUUUGUUAAACAUUUUGUGCUUCUGUUUUUUAACAUUUGAGGUCUUAAAACUAAAUAAAUGGGGAUGAUAUAGUAUGAACAACAGGUCAAACACUGGGAAUUUAUUUAUCUACCAGUUUUGUAAGGACCUUCAUCAGGAAAUUUUUAUGUCUUAUACAAAUUUUACGUGUUAUAGUCAGUUAGGCAACUCUUUAUUUUCUAUUUUGAUUUUUGACUGAACACUUUUCUUCUUAAAACAUCAUGUUUAUAAACUGAGACAAAUCAGCAAAUUAAAAAGAAAUGGAAUAGAGUUGUCUGAAAGUAUUGUAUUUUCUGUUGUAAUCAAGUGAAAAGUUACAGCUUUGGCUAUAAGGGUAUCACGAUUUCUUCCACUAAAUUGGACUUUAAGCUUUGUAAUUUUUAUUUCGUUGCACAGUGAAAAAAUCUUCUGUUAUAUCUCGUUAUUCAUCUAGAAACAAAAAAAAACAAGCAGAAAAUCUUUUACAAACACUAGCUGUUUUUAUAUAUUUACUGAAUUUUAUUUUUAAAUUAUAUUUUAGCAAGAGUUAAGUAUUAAAUGGGUAUCAUUACAGAUUUUUUCACACACAUUUUCAUGAAUUUAUAUAAUAAUUUAUGUAAUACUGUAUGAAUUUAUUUGAUUUUUUCUGAAUUUGUGAGAGUUUUUAUGUAUUUUUUAAUGAAUUGAGAAUCCUUUGUCCAAAUUUUGGCUUCUUAUUUUCCCAAAGAUGAGAAUGAGUAUGAUAUAAGAGUAUACUAAGUUACAGCAUUUGUUUGUAAGGUCAGGAUUUUUAGUUCACUCUCAAAGACACAGGCAUUGUCUUUGAUCAAAGUAGAUCAGAAAACUAUAUAUAUAUAUAUAUAUCCAAAUGUCGUUCAUCCUCGGUCUCAGAUCCAAAUGUAUUUGUUGCCGUUUACUUGAGGGGAAUCACGUCUGUUCUAACUAGAAAUCUAUGAACUAAUUUUAAAAUAAAACUUACAGAUGUAUAUGAGCCGUGCCAUGGGAAAACCAACAUAGUGGCUUUGCGACCAGCAUGGAUCCAGACCAGCCUGCGCAUCCGCGCAGUCUGGUCAGGAUCCAUGCUGUUCGCUAACAGUUUCUCUAAUUCCAAUAGGCUUUGAAAGCGAACUGACCAGACUGCGCAGAUGUGCAGGCUGGUCUGGAUCCAUGCUGGUCGCAAAGCCACUAUGUUGGUUUUCUCAUGGCAUGGCUCAAUUAUGAAUUAUGAUAAUUUUAUCAGUUUUAUUUACUGUAUUAUAUUAUAUACAUGUAUUAGCUUUCAUAGCUUAAGAAUAAAAAUGGUUCUCCUUGAAACAUUGCUGUAAACUGCUACUGGUUCAAAAUCUGCAAGGGAUAUUGACCUCUCUUGUUGUCAAGCUUAUGGGCUGGUUUGUGUUAGAUCUGUGGUUCUGCCCAGUGCCUCAAUGCGUAAACUAAUGCUUCAUGUGGUACCUUGGGCCUUCUUCUUACAGUAAAGAUAUAAAGUUGCAGUGUGACCUAGUAAAAUGUGUUGCCGUGGUCAAAAAUGCAGCAAAUAAACAUGCUUCAUAUAAGAUAUACAUAAAUAAAAGAUAUAUAAAUAAAAUCAUAUAAGAUAUAAAAAGAAUGUCUCGAACACCUUGGAAACUCUACAGUUCCCUAUCAUUUAGCAGUAUAGAUCCAAUAUUGAAGACGUUUCGGCAACUUGAAAUUCAAGAGAUUUGAAUUUCAGACUUAGAAUAUUGACACAUCUAGGCUUGAAAUAUUUCUAUAGAGUAAGAGUCUAGUCUCAUGUACUGUAAAAUCAUUUAUUUUUGUGGACAUGCAUUUGGCCAAAAUGGCAAAUUCAUUAAGAUAUGAAUUAGUGCAUUUGAAAUUUUGAACAUAAAAAUAGUUGGAAUUUCACUUGUUUGCUUAGAUUGACACAAAAUCCACAAAAAAGUACUCCCCCCAUGAAAAUUAAUGAUUUUAUUGUAUUUACAAAAUGUACUUUAAAAUAAGAAUAAUUUUCUGUACAAUGAUUUAUUGUUUUUUGCAAUUUGAUUUGUAACACAGGAAGUAUUUCCAUGAGAUUUUGUUUAUGUGUGUUAUAUGUGUAACAUGUACACUAUUGUAUUUUAUGUAUUUUCUGUUGAAAAGUGCAAUCAUUUUUAUUUGAAUUCCAAAUGAUUAAAAGAUGUUUAAAUAAAG